ACACCCAAACACGGAGAUGAUGUAAUUUCACUGUAGCUACAGUUAUCUAACUGUUGUGCUAAACAAUUGUGAUCCCACUGGGUGUCAUGAAGAGUGUAUAAGGGUUUUAGGAAAAGUUAUUUUUAAAGCGCUACUUUCGGAAAUUUAAAGUUCGAUUUAUACGCUAAUUGAUAAAAACAAUACCGUUAAUUUAUGAAACACGUUUUUGUAGCAGAGUCAACCAGUACUUCGGCGAAGAAACAUGUUUUUCACAGGAACUAGCCUCACGACCACUGUUUUUCCUGCGACGCCAUGACUUCUAAUGAAAUCUGAGUCCCGAACGAAAACAAGAGUGAGAGUUUUUGGAGGAACGGUGGAAGAAGAACAAGAUGGCUGCUGUCCUGGGGCAAGAGCGGCGUCCUUCUCCACAUUAAUCUCCGCUUUGGGCUAACAACUUUAAACGCUUUAACGACAUCAUUAGAUGUUUUCUUUAAAUCAGAUUUGAAGUUCGCUUUUUUUCCAGGAAAGUUUUUUUUGCUGACGGUGUGGAGGAUCUAACGGCACCGACUUCACGAGGAGCGCAGCGGUGAUAUUUUGCUAAAUGUCCCCCUUUUUUUUGCUUAUUCCUUUAAUUAGUUUUUGAAACAUUCCCAAUCGAUCUGCUUUGUUUCUGAAGCGAGAGGCCCGAGAUGUUCCAUUUAACCAGAUAGAUUAUAUGGACAGAAGAUUUAUACGUUUUGAUUUCUUUCAAAUGCCAGAUAAGUGCUUAUAAUAAGACCAUGAGUUCGUCCCGAGUCAGACCUCAGCAGCCGCCACAGAACCACACUGAGCGGCCGCCGCACAGACUGGAGUCCGGCGAGGGGAUAGAGAUGGAGAGCAUCCAGCAUCAAGACCUGGGGCUCGGAGGCGUCGUGGGCACCCCGUCCCCUCCGUCCAGGCAGGCGUGGAGUCGGGACAACCCGGGCUUUGAGCCCGAAGAUGAGAUUAUGGAAGCCGACUGGCCUCCAGCGAGUCCGGCUCGGAGGUCAGUUUCCACGGCCUCCGGCAGCAGCUGCAGCAGCGGCCUUGGCAGCUACAACGGCGGGGGCAGCAGCACCCCCGUCCCCCGUGGAGGACUGUUCCCGAGCCCACCUGUGGACGCCCAGCAGCCGGGCCGACCCGAGCACCCCGACUGCCUGAAGCACAUACUCCAAAAAAUCAGAAUUCUGUGGGGCACAGAGUUGAUGGAAGACAGUGACAGCAGUCGAGAGCGAUACCUCAGGAACGUGCUGCGGGAGAUGCUCACGUAUAUUGCCUUCCUCAUCACUAUUUGUAUCUUGACCUAUGGGAUGGUGAGUGCCAAUAUGUACUACUAUACCAAAAUCAUGUCUCAGCUGUUUCUGGACACACCAAUCUCUCCUGGGGACCAUUCCACUUUUAAGGACCUCUCAACCAUGGAGGAAUUCUGGAAGUUCACAGAGGGACCCUUUCUGAAUGGCAUGUACUGGGAGGUGUGGUACAACAACAAGAAUCUGCCGGAGAAUCAGAGUCUCAUCUACUAUGAGAACCUCCUCCUUGGCGUACCGCGCCUUCGUCAGGUCAAAGUCCACAGUAAGUCCUGCUCCGUCCAUGAAGAUCUGAGAGAUGAGGUCCAGGAUUGCUACAGCAUGUACACCCCGACCAAUGAAGACACCGCCCCCUUCGGUCCUAAGAAUGGAACUGCGUGGGCCUAUACACCAGAGAGUGAGAUGAACGCAAGUAGUUACUGUGGUCAAAUAUCAAAAUAUGGAGGUGGAGGAUACUACCAAGAUCUGUCUCGUACAAAAGAGGAAUCAGCACUUCAACUGCAGCUUCUCAAAGACAACCUGUGGCUGGACAGAGGCACCAGAGCAGUCUUUAUGGAUUUCUCUGUCUAUAAUGGCAACAUCAAUCUCUUCUGCAUUGCUAGGUUGUUGGCGGAGUUCCCAGCUACUGGUGGGGUAGUGACGUCUUCACAAUUUCAGACAGUGCGUCUGAUACGAUACGUGUCCAGCUUGGACUACUUUGUGGCUGUGUGUGAGGUGGCAUUCUGCCUAUUUGUCGUGUACUAUGUGGUGGAGGAAGUGCUGGAAAUCCGCAUCCACCGCCUCCAUUACUUCAGAAGCCUGUGGAACUGCCUGGAUAUUCUCAUUGUGGUGUUAAGCGUUGUUGCCAUUAUCAUGAAUAUAACCAGAACAGCCAUGGUGGGUAACCUUCUCAAAGACCUAUUGGAGAACCACACAGCUCAUCCCAGCUUUGAGGGACUGGCCAACCUGCAGGUCCAGUUCAACAACGUAGCUGCAAUCAUUGUCUUUUUUUCAUGGCUCAAGCUAUUUAAAUUCAUCAACUUUAAUAAGACCAUGAGUCAGCUGUCCAGCACCAUGUCUCGCUGCGCCAAGGACCUGGUGGGCUUUGCCAUCAUGUUCUUCAUCAUCUUCCUGGCCUAUGCUCAGCUGGCCUACCUGGUGUUUGGGACCCAAGUCAAUGAUUUCAGCACUUUCCAAGCCAGCAUCUUCACUCAGUUUCGUAUCAUUCUGGGAGACUUUGAGUUCUCUGAGAUUGAGGAAGCAAACCCAGUCCUUGGACCUGUUUACUUCACCACCUUUGUUUUCUUUAUCUUCUUCAUUCUCAUGAACAUGUUCCUGGCCAUCAUCAAUGACACAUACUCUGAGGUGAAAGCUGAUAUGACCCAGCAAAGGUCUGAAAUGGAAAUGACUGACCUCAUUAAGAAGGGUUGCAACAAAGCAUUGAUGAAGCUACGACUGAAGAAGACGGCAGUAGAUGACAUCUCUGACAGUCUACGUCAGGCUGGGGGCAAACUGAACUUUGAUGAACUCCGUCAGGACCUCAAAGGAAAGGGACACACAGAUGCGGAGAUUCAGGCCAUCUUUGCCAAAUAUGACCAAGAUGGUGAUCAGGAGCUGACUGAACAUGAACAUCAGCAAAUGAGAGAUGACCUGGAGAAAGAGCGAGAGGACUUGGACCUGGAGCGCAAUUCGUUGACAAGACCCAGCACAGGACGGAGCUUUCCUCGUACUCAGGAAGACUCGGAGGAGGACGAUGAUGAAGACAGCGGUCACAGCUCUCGUCGCCGUGGCAGCAGCUCAGGGGGUGUCUCCUAUGAGGAGUUUCAAAUGCUGGUGAGACGCGUGGAACGGAUGGAGCACUCUAUUGGCAGCAUAGUGUCCAAGAUGGACGCUGUAAUUGUUAAACUGGAAGCCAUGGAGAGAGCUAAACUUAAAAGAAGAGAUGUGCUGGGCAGGCUGCUGGAUGGAGUCAUGGAGGAUGAGCGGCUGGGUCGUGACACAGACGCCCACAUGGACAGGCUGGUGAGGGAGGAAAUCGAGCGGUGGGAGUCUGAUGAUAUGGCUUCCCAGGUCGGCCAGCCACAGCCACCAACGCCUGUCGGCCCUCGCCCACGUCCGUCCUCCUCCCUGUCCACCGACGGCCUCGAUACAAGCACAAAUGGGAGCAGUCACUUGUGAAAAAUUAGAAAACUCUGGAAAAGAACUUGCUAUUGGAAAGUUACCAGCUCCUGGAAAAAUUGCUUUCAAAGAUGUGGGACAGUAUAUAAAGAGCAAAAUUAAUUAUAGAAGCUGUUUAAUUCUAUGAAAAAUUACAAUGGAGGUGCCACAAGUGAAACACACCUCACCUCAAAUGCACUGAAAGUGAGUGAGGGUCUUUUGAGAGACAGCUGAUCUGUCAAAAAGUUAUCUAGUAGCUCUAUUAACAGGAUGAAGAGGGUUUAAUACACCAGCCUGCCUACAAACAUACUUUGUUGUACUCUUGCUUCUGAUCUCUGUAAUCACACAUUUUAGCAUUUGUGCAAACACCAAAAGGCAUUUUUUGCACGGUAAUCUUGCUGAUUUUGUGUUCAUUUAACAUAGGUACAAGUGUGGCACAUUGUGUCAUAUUUACUCAUCAUCUGUACAUUAAUUAUCAUUUUAUGAUACACACCUUUAAACAAACUUCGAUUCGGAGUGCAUUUAGUGUUCAUGGGAAACCCAUGUGUCUAUUUCCUUUUCUGUGCCUUACUUCUUUUUUACAGUCUGUUUCUUUUUUAACUCUUAUGCCAAAUAAAGUUUUAUUAAAUAUG